AUGUCAUCCAAUCUCUUACCAAUCAAGGUCUGGGGUCAGGGUGGCCCUAAUCCACCCCGUGUGGCCAUCAUCAUCGAGGAGCUGGGCCUGCCGCACGAGUUUGUACCGAUUCAGCUCUCACAGGUCAAGGACCCGGAAUAUCUCGCCGUCAACCCCAAUGGACGACUGCCCGCAAUCUACGACCCGAAUACUGACCUCACUCUGUGGGAGUCUGGCGCCAUUGUCGAGUACCUGAUUGAGCAGUACGAUACCGAGCACAAAAUCAGCUUCCCAAAGGGCAGCAACGAUGCCUAUCAUGCUCGCCAGUGGCUCUUCUUCCAGGCCUCGGGCCAGGGCCCAUACUACGGACAGGCCUGCUGGUUUAAGAAGUACCACCCGGAACACGUCCCAAGCGCACUGGAACGGUACAUUAAGGAGAUGAACCGCGUAUCUGGUGUGGUGGAGGGCUAUCUGGCGAAGCAGCCGGCCGGCGGUGAUGGUCCAUGGUUGGUUGGGGGCAAGUGCUCCUUCGCUGACCUCGCCUGGGUCAGUUGGCAGAUCACUUUGACCAAGAUCAUCCAGCCCGAGGACGGCUACGAUGUACAGAACUUCCCUCAUCUCAAGGCAUGGUUGGAUCGGAUGACGGCUCGUGAGCCAGUGAAAAAGGUCUUGGCCGCCGUGAUGCCUCCUGUCGCGCGUUAG